AUGUUUCAGUUCACAUCGGGUGUAAACCCCUCGAAUCAGGGCAACAUCAAAGUAGUCUCUCAAAAGACUGAAUAUGUCACAAAGAAUAAGGGAUCAGAGCCAGAUGAUGCUUCGACAAAAUCGUUGUCAAGCUGGACAGAUGACGCUGAGAAGGCUGCAAAUGAUCUCAAGGGAGAAGCAUGUGAAAAAUUGUCGGGAUGGAAAACUGAAGUCCAGCAAACAGCUGGAGACGCUAAGGGUUUAUCAGCCCGCAUCUUUAACGAUGCACAGCAGAAAGCCACCGAUGCGAAAUUCCAGACUGCUGAGAAGCUGUUGGGAAUGAAAAAUGAAGCUGAAAAAAUUGUGAAAGAUGCUAAAGAUACCAUUCACAAUUCAUUUGCUGACGCUAACAAAAAAGCAGGCAAUACAAAAGAUUCUGCUGCUGAAAAGCUAUCCGGCAUGAAAGAUUUUACCGAAAACACAGCUGCUGAAGCUCAAAGAGCCGCUGCUGAGGCUCUUCAUGAUGCGCAGAAGAAAGCUGCUGACUUGAAGAGUGAUCUUGAAGGCAAGUUGUCGGAUUGGAAGAAUAACAGUGAAAAAUCGGCUCUAGAAGCUGAGGAGGCUACCAUAAUUUUGAUUGAUAACGCCCAGAAGAAAGUGGGUGAAGUAAAGAACGAGAUUAAUGAGAAAUUGUCGGAAUUAGAGGCUGAAGCCGCAAAAGUGUCUACCGAAGGAAAGAACCGUAUCGCCGAGAUUCUUGACGAAGCCAAGAAUAGGGCAGCUGAAGCAGCCAUGGAGACUGCAGAGAGGUUGGCACAUUUGAAAUGUGAGGCAAAAGCGAUUAGCAGCGAAGGUAACCAGAUUGCUUUGGAUGCUGUUCUCGAUGCCCAGAAGAAGGCUGCUGACCUCAGAGAUUACACCACGCAAAACAUGCAAGUUUGGAAGUCAGAGGCUGAAGCUAUAGCUGCUAAUGCUAAAGAUACCGCUCAACAUGCAGUUGACGAUGCUGCCAAAAAAGCAGCUCAGUUGAAGGAUGAAGCCGCUCAGAAGCUUUCCGGAUUGAAGAGCGAGGCGGAAAGAACAGCAGCACAGGCGAAAGACACUAUCUCACAUGCAUACGAAGGCGCCCAGCAGAAGGCUGGUGAAGUGGAGAAGCAAACUGUCGUCAAGCUACAAGGCCUAAAAUCGAAUGUUGCGGGAACCGGUGAUGACGCUCACAAUGAUGCUUUACGUGCUCUUAGCGAUGCUCAAAAAAAAGCAGCUGAACUGGAGCAGGAGACUGCUAAGAAGUUAUCUGGUUGGAAGUCUGAAGCUGACAGGCUAGCUGCUGAAGCUAGAGACAAAGCUUCUGGAGUGCUUAACGAAGCUCAAAAACAAGCACAGGACAUGAAGAGUCAAGCACAGAUGACUGCUGAAAGCAUCAUUGGUGAUGCUGAGACUAAAGCAAUUGAAGUGAGGAUUGAGUCCCAAAAGGUAGGCUUGAGGUUUUGCUUAUAGGA